AUGAAGGUUCUUGUUGUCGCUUUCCUGUGCACCUUCGCCGCCGUUCAGGGGCGCAGCGCGUUGAGUGAAUUGUCAGCGUCUGCUGGUGACAAUCCUUACGUGGUCCACAUCCGUCUGGCUACUUCUGAUAACAAUGGCCUUCUCAGCACAUGCGCUGGCUCACUGAUCGGCUCAACAUGGGUCCUUACGAGCGCUGACUGCGUUAAGAACUCCCGUUUCAUGUGGCUUCGUUUCGGAGCUGUGGACGUGUUCCGCCCCGCGUUCUUGGCUGAAGGAAACCUCAACGCACGCGUUCAAGACGGACUCGCCCUUAUCAACGUCAACAGAGCCAUCGAAGAGAGCGAUGUAAUUCGUCGCGUAUCUUUACCUGCGGCUGAUUCUGAAGCACCCGAAAGCGGCAAAUUGUGCAUCUUUGGAGCUGAAAAUGAUGCGCCCGGAAGUCAAUUGAGUUGUUCAAACGUCGAGGUUGCCGCCAACGAAGCCGGCGAACUUGUCGCUGAGAGUGGAGCUUCUAAAUUCGAUCUCGGAGCAGCUCUAGUGAGUGACGGCGUACAGGUUGGAGUUCUAUCAAGCGUAGGCGAAUCAUCUGUUGUUAUUUUGUUGUGGAUGUUAGAGAAUCAUACUUAUGGAUGUGAUGUGAUACAUUUGUUUCUUACCGUUGUAUUGUAUGUGACUCUAAUAUUAUGUGUUUUGAUGUACGACUAUGAUUAUUGGACGAAUCUCGGUAUUUUUUCGCCACCAGCGUUGCCUAUUGUGGGUCAUAUCUGGUCUGUAGUGGCCCAGAAGGAACAAGGCGGUGUUUGUUUCAAAAAGCUAUACGAUGAAUAUAAGGACAAGAAGAUUAUAGGCGUCCAUCAAUUCUACCGUCGUACACUAGUGAUAUGUGAUCCUGUGUUGAUAAAGCGUGUUUGCGUGAACGACUUCGUGUAUUUCACGGAUCGUGGAUUCUAUUUCGAUAAGGAUUUGGAUCCUCUCGCCGAAUCUGUGUUGUAUCUGAGAGGUAACGAGUGGAAGCGGCUCAGGGCGAAGAUAUCGCCGUUGUUCUCACCGAUAAAACUAAAAGGCAUGUUAUCGUUAAUAGAGAAUACAGCGAAUGAUUUUUUGGCAUUAAUAAAGAAAAUUAUAAGCAAUGGUAGUGUAAGGACGAACAAUAAUCUGGCGACGUGUGUAGUAUCAGAUAAAUUACUAGGUGGCUAUACAGCUGAUGCUAUUGUGCCUUGUGCAUUUGGGGUCAAGAGUAGUGUCAUGGCACACCAUAAUGACCCCUUCGCCGUAGCACUGGCCGCCUUCUAUGAAUGCUCUUUGUGGAAUAUAUUUGAAAAAACGAUGCGUACCUUUUGGCCGGCUUUCGUAUUGUUUUUCAAAAUACGCAUAAUACCAAAGAAAACACACGAUUUCUUCUUCAACGUGGUGUCCAAUGUUAUAAAAGAGAGAGAAAGUGGUGUUCAAGAGAAACGAGGUGACUUUAUAGACAUGAUGAUGGCUCUUAAAGAUGAACGGGACGAUGAUGAUGAAGAUGAUUUCAGAAUCACUAACAUGGUGAUAGCUGGUAACGCGUUCAUAAUAUUCCUGGGUGGUUUCGAGACUAGUUCGUCCACCCUGGCCUUCUUGUUCUUGGAGCUGGCAGCGCAGCCACGCGUGCAGGAGGAGAUGAGGAAGGAAAUAAUACGAGUGUUGGACAAACACGGAGCUCUAACACACGAUAUGUUGCAGGAUCUGACUUAUAUGGAUAUGGUCAUACAAGAGACCCUCCGUCUGUACCCGCCCUUCCCCACCAUCCAGCGCGUGUGUACUCGCCCUUAUCAGUUACCGGGUCGUGACGUCAUCAUCCCUCCCGGCACCAUCAUUCUGUUCCCAACCCUUGGGUUACACAGGGAUGAACAGUACUUCGAGAAUUCGUCCUCAUUCACACCGGACCGCUGGCGAAGUUCGCCCCCGCCCGGUGUAUACGCGCCCUUUGGAGACGGACCCAGAUACUGUAUAGGUAAAAGAUUCGCCCUAAUACAAAUGAAGUGUUGUCUAGUGAAGUUGUUGCCCCACGUGUUCAUAUCACCUGUUUCUGAACGUGGCCGGGAUCCAUUUCCGGUCGAUUUAAAGUCCCCGAUGACGUUACAUCCGGCCGAUUCCAGGGUUUGCCUUAGUCUGAUAACACCGACUAAGUAUUGGAAACUGAUUGAAAUUGAAGAGGAAGACGAUGUUUUAGAUGAUCUUAUGAGGUUAUUGGACGAGGAACAGCGAGCGGUGUUUUGUAGUUAUCGUUACAAAAUUCCACUUCAAUUUUUAGCAGAUCGUAGAGAAAGGUUAAAGGAAUUGUUGAUAAAAUCACAGGACACAUUAGAUUCGUCUCAAAACUCAACUUUUCCGUCUUCAAAUCUGCCAAACUGUCGUCCAUGUAGUGUCCGAAUAGUUGAUUGUAAUAAAUAUCCACAAUACUUCGAACGGGAAUAUAAAAUAAAGAGCUUGGUCACUUUGGAAGAAGAUAUAAUAGAUGUAGAUGAAAUAGAAAACUUUAGACAAGAUUCAUUUCGCAACAAAGAAAUAGAAUUCACACAAGAUCAAAGUAAAAGUAAGGAAGAAUUUAACACAGCACAAGUAAUUGCCUUCAGUGGUGGCGAAAAAUUCGUCAAUGAAGAAAUAUAUAAAGACAAUCAAAGAUUCGAUUUACAAGUACAGCGAAGGAAAGCUCAAACUAAGGAAAUAGAACAGGGUCUGGGACAGUUGAAUAAUGAAGAUCAAAAUUUUAAUGGUUGUAAUAAAACGUGUAAUGUUCUAAUAAAAUCAAGACCACUGUAUGAUAAACAUCACAAAACAGCUCCAGAAUUACCAUCAAUUAAUGUCGAUAAUUACUGGCCGACUUCGAAAUCUCAGGAUAAUUUAGACAAAAAUAUGAUUGAGUCAAAGAAAAUAAGUAAUAAAUAUAGCAGGAAUCCAGGCACAGCUAACAAACUAACCGAUAAAAGGAAACAAUUACAGAAUAAGUGCUAUAGUCUUUCAAAAGGUGGAUUUAAUAUGACAAACUCUAUAAAAUUUAACCAAAAAAACAGUAAAAAUAUAAACCAAAUUAAGAAAACUAUAACAUGGGUACCUCCUAUAUUAACUGACGCAGUACCAGAAAAAGUUAUUGAAGAAAGAGUGCCAGUCUAUGAUGAGAACUGUCCAUACAGAAUUGGAUGUCAGAAGACAUUUAAAAGUUCCCGUAGAAUAAUACCCCAUUACCAUGAAUAUCCAACUCAAUAUGAAAAAGGAAAUGGGAGGAAAAAUGCAAAGACAGGAGGAAAAAAACAGAAUCAUACGACAUUAAAGCAUUUAAUUAAGGAAAUGCGUGCAUUGCUAUUGUACGUGUUACAAUUAUGUGGUUUUGUGUACACUUUGAGGGGAUAUCAUGAAGAUGUGGGGAUUCCGAAGGCUCGGCGUCAAAUGAUUCUGGAGAUGGCGCCAAGAAUUAUUGGCGGGAGGGCUGUGUCCGCUAUAUCACAGUAUCCAUACCAGGCUGGAAUCGUGACCACUCUCACGACAGGUAAGACGUCUCUCUGCGGUGGUUCGUUGAUAUCAAGUACAAGAGUGAUCACGGCAGCUCAUUGUUGGAAUGAUGGACAGAGUCAAGCGUCGCAGUUCACUGUUGUUCUUGGUACACUCACUGUAUUCUCUGGAGGCACCAGAAUUACUACCAGGGAUGUUACCGUCCAUCCUCAGUGGAAUACCAAAGCUAUAACCAACGAUAUCGCGAUAGUGAAGUUUCCUCGAAUCACUCUUAAUAGCAAUAUUCAAGUGAUAUCAUUACCUUCAAAUUCAGACGUCUCUAAUAAUUUUGCUGGCACGACUGCGACAGUUACAGGCUACGGAAAAAUAAGUGACUCUCAAGCUUCAUUUCCCCCUUCCACGACUCUGCACCAUGUUAGUCUUAGCAUCAUAACCAAUGCUGUUUGCCAGAGAAGUUUCGAUUUGAAGUUGGAUGCAAGUCAUUUGUGUACCAGCGGAAUGAACAGGGUUGGGACUUGCGAUGGUGAUUCAGGCGGACCAUUAAUGGUCACGUUGAAUAAUAAGAAGAUAUUGGUCGGGAUCGUAUCUUUUGGUUUUGGCGACAGUUGUUCCGCUGGUUACCCCUCAGUGUUUACAAGAGUCACGUCAUACCUUCGUUGGAUACAAACACAAAUGUAA